AUGCGAAAACGAUGCACAUUUCAAUCAUUUUGUCUGGUCGCUUUCGCGUUUUGGCAAACUGCGCAAGCAUUGUUUCUACGGGUUGAAACUGGACAUCAGAAUAUUGCAAUCGACGGACGUGAUGUUUACUAUGGGCAUUUCACAAAAAUCUUUUUCCACAAUUUGACGUGCAUCAACGCAAUCGACAUCCAUUGUCUAAAAGAGUUGACGGGCGCCGAAGAAAUUGAUCUCCUCUAUUCGGAAUGCCCGAAGGGCCAUUGGAAGGUGGCGCAUUACACCAACUCGAAACACCAUUUUUGGUUAAAAGAGCCUAUUAAUGCGAUUCGACUUUUGAUAUCGAGCCGAUGGGAUUUGUCGAUUAUUGAUGCACAAGUCGAAUCUUGCAAUAGCAACCUGACAAGCCAUAAUUGCCGCCAUUUAUCUAAUGGUCAUAAUCAUCGGCACGGCAAAACUGGUGGUGUUAUCCAUGCUAUUGAUUCUUCAUUUAUGGAUCCUCCUUAUUAUACAAGAACGAAACGAUCAAUUUCGCAAAAUGAUGAAAUUAUCGAUUCGGGAAUUCAUAACAUCGAAGAACCUAGAGUGGUGGGAGCAGGAAAAGUGCUUACGAUUGUGUCAGGAGCCAAACUUCAUUUUUCGAAAAAUUCUGGAAUCACAGUACAUGGAAGGCUUAUCGUAAAGGGAUCGAGAAAUCAGCCGGUUAUUAUGGAUGGUGAAGACUGGAAAGGAAUCGAAUUCGUCGACGCUGAUUUUGGAUCGAUAAUAUCGUACGCAAACAUAUCUGGAAGUGCGAUUGGUGUGCACGUCGAUCGAGGAAAUGCUCCGGCUCUUGAGCACGUUAUACUUGAUAGAAACUCGUAUGGAGUAAAAUAUAACGAUUUGAAGGACUCAAGCGUAGCAAAACUAUUCAAAGUGACGGUGGUGAAUAAUGAAAAGAAUGGUAUCGAGUACCUUGGAAAGGGAUCGAUAUCUCUUGACAACUGCGUAGCUGCAUCAAAUGGUGGCCUAGGAAUAUUUAUAAACACGAACUCAACGAUCAUCAUACGGGAUGCAUUUGUCUAUUCAAAUAAUGGAACAGGCGUCUAUGUAGGAACUGGACCAAUCACAAUCGAAAACACUGCUGUCAGUUCGAAUGGCUUUUAUGGAAUUCAUGCGGAAGUCGAGAGAUCGAUUGAGUUUUCAAAUGUUAACAUUUCUGCUCAAUUCAACAAUUUUGGAGUUGAAAUUUUGACGAAAAAUUCAUCACAUGUGACAGUUAUGAAUUCGCAUGUUCAUGAUAACAAAAUUGGUGCUUUGAGAAUCAGAGGAUAUCCGAAAAAUGUUUCGGUCCACAUUCACAACACAAAUUUCACUCGAAAUACCGGCAGUACGGUUUUCUUCAAGGCCGAAGCAGAAUCUUCAUAUUUGUAUGUAUCAAAGUGCUGGUUUUUAAAUAACAAUUUCAAGGAUUAUGAUGCCAAGGAUGCCGUUUUAUUUAUUGAAAAAGGUGAAUCGGUGCACGUCGCUGAGAGUUAUUUCGUGAAGAACACAAUGCACGAUACAGUUCACAUUGAAAACUCGGAUGCUUCGAUUAUUGGAAAUAUGUUCAUGCAGAAUCUCGGAAACUCGGCGAUUCUGGCCAAUUCGAAAUUUGUAAACAUCACUGGAAAUUUGUUCUCCGACAAGAAAUCGACAUGUGAAGUGACAUUCGGGAAUCUCGAUGAUUCUGCUAUUUUAGAAAUGCUCGACAAUGAUUUUGGCAAGAGGGAAAAUUGGUUGUGUACCAACAAGAACAAUUCGUAUGAUCGAUACCAUAAUGAUAUGCCGCAACGAAGUACGUCAACCGAUCAUCCGAACCUCGAAUAUCUUCCUGAUCCUUUCAUCGACGAUUCGACGUUUAUUAAAUCAUCAGAAAAGCCUUAUAGGAUAAAAGAAGAAGUGAUUGUCGCUGAUAAUGAGACGAUAGUGGUUGAACCGGGAACAAUUCUUGAUUUCGCUCCAGGAACUGGAAUCACCGUUCAUGGCGGUGGCCGAUUGAUUCUAAACGGAACCGAAGAAGCGCCGAUUGUAAUUCGCGGGCAGAAUGGAAAUACUUGGAGAGGUCUCGUGACGAAACCGUUUGGUGCACUCGAGAUGAAUAACGUCGUCAUGGAAGAUCCUUCGGUUGGAGUGUGGAUCGACUCAGACCAAGUUACGGUUAACAAUGGAAGAAUUGUUCGCCCGACAGUUCAUGGAAUCGAGAUAGCUCACAAUUCGGACGAUGUGGUUGAUCUUGGAGGAAUUCUGAUUGAAGAAGCCCACGACGCAGCGAUUGGAGUCGAUGAGAGACGAGAUGAUUUGAAAAUAAGGAAUUUCGUAAUCCAGAAUAGUGCUGGUAGUGGAGUCGAUUUUGUGACGCCAACAGGAAAUAUUGAAAUCAGCGACGCACGCAUCAGCAACAUCGGAUCAUACGCGAUUCACCUCGCGGAAUUCCCUUCAACGCCACUACACGCUGUUUUGAUUUCAAAUGUUACUGUCGAAAAUCAGGAACGCGGUCAAGCCGGCAUCCUAAUUUCUGGUGGAUGGGUUCAGAACAUCGGAUUGCAUCAACUCAAGUUUACAAACAAUCUAGUACCUAGUUUAAUUGUUGCUUUAGAAUGUAACGACUUCAACGAACGUCUUCUGAGAAUCGAAAAUUCGACAUUUUCUGAAAAUCACAAUGUCGUGCAACAUUUCAACCUGGCGAACUGUGUCAAUCUACAAAUGGAGAAAAACUCGUAUUUGAGCAACAACGAAGAUGGUGUCGGCUCGACAGUGGUUAUUUCAAGCGAAAAUUCGGCUAUAAAGAAAAAUGCAAUAAUGCAAAUAUCGGCGAAUGAUUUUUAUAAAAAUCAUGGAACCUACUCAUUGAAUGUUGAUUCAAAAGCGCAUGAGCUGUUUCUUACAGAUAACUUGUUUGAAGAAAACGAGAAUAGCGGAAGUGUGGUUAAAGUGAUAUCAGCGAAUGCGAAAAUUCUAACAAAUCAGUUUUCAAGUCCCGGCAGCAAAUUUCAAUUGGCGGUCUCCCCAGGAUCUGAUGAUAACGAAAUUGUCGAUGCGACAAACAAUGAUUGGGGAUCAGUCGAAUCCGAACAAAUAUUCCAGUAUCUUGACGCGCCCGAAGGCUCCGUGCAAGUGUUCCCAAUCUGGUCAGCAAAUCAGAGUCUGCAGCUCGAUUCACCGACAACGAUGGAGCCCGUCACUAUACCAAUUUCCGCCAAUUUCGGUUGUGCUCAUCUUAAUCAUUGUUCGUCGAGAGGAACUUGCAAAGAUGGAAUCUGCAUUUGUCCAAUUGGUUUUGCCGGCUUUGAUUGUUCGCUUCCAAUGUUUUGCAAUUGCAGUGGCAACGGUCUCUGUGAUUUAUUCAACAAAUGCAUUUGCAAUCUAGGCUGGUCUGGAACUGAUUGCUCCAAACCGAUUUGCUCAAACAAUUGCAAUUCGAAUGGAAAAUGUGUUGCACCAAAUCAAUGCGAUUGUAAUCCUGGUUGGACUGGAUCAUCAUGUGGGAUUACAACAUGCGUGGAUUCAAGUUGUGUUCACGGUCAUUGUCAUAAAGGGGUCUGCUUAUGCGAACAAGGAUGGCAAGGCUCGAAAUGCCAAAUACCAGUCUGCGGUGAUUGUUCAUUGAACGGAAUCUGUGUGGAGCCGAACCGAUGCUCGUGUUUCGAAGGCUAUAGUGGAAACGGAUGUGCUCAAUGCGUUGAAGAUUCGUGUAGCGAAUGCGAUUUUGAAUGCGACCAUGGAUACUGUGAGCCGAUAACACGCACUUGCUCUUGCUCAGCGGGCUGGAGUGGAGGAGCCUGUGAUGUGUGUCUCUCUGCUAAAUGCACUUACACAAGUCGAAUCGACUAUAUCGAACCUUCGACCGCAGAAAUCGAUAAUACUAACACUGUGGUUAGUGUUUACGGAUCGGAAUUCCCGAAAACACCAAAUAAUUCUUAUAUUUGCACUUACGGAAAAACUUCGGUAACAGGAAUUCGAAUAUCAUCCUCCUUGAUUAGAUGCCCAGUUCCAGCGAAUAUGACCCUUGGACGACAUGUCUUCAGUGUUUCUCAACCCGGAUCAUUCCAAUCGAUUUCGUCGGUGAGACCGAUCCACUUCACAUGGCAUGAUGGAUGUGAUCCAUCGGUUUGUCAAGGAUCGUGUGUUGGACCGCUCUGCAUUUGUCCUCAAGGAAAGACUGGAGUCUUCUGUGAUGUUAUCGAAGUGAUUCCGGUUAUUGACAGAAGAUUUUUGGAACAUCAAAGAGCAAAUAGAGCAUUCGAAGGCACUCCAUAUGUGGUAAUGCUUCCGACAAUGACAUCAUCGGUAUUACGUGUUAAUUCAAACAUUCCGAAUUACAAUUUUAUUGCGUCAAAAGGAAUUAUUGCAUGGCCAGAACCCAUAGGAUCACAUGAUCCGUACACUAUUAAUGUGACUGCUUUUUCACCGGCCGGAGAGAGCAGUAUAGCUUGGAACGUGACCGUUGAUCCAACGUAUUCUUCUGAAGUGCUGAAUGUAACGAUCGACGGAACUCAUGCGCGGAUUCUUGGAAGGGUUGUCGGAGAUUCGGUGAAACAGAAACCGGUAGUGAUUCGUAUUCGAAGGCAAAAUUUCAUCGACGAAAUAAUUGCGGAAACCGAUGAUAGCGGAAUUAUCGAAUACGAGUACGUUCCCGAAUCAUCCGGAACGUAUUCUGUCGGAAUCAGCCACCCAAAUUCGAAUGAGACGUCGAAUACUAUCGAAUUUACGAUUCCGAAUCUGAAUCUUCCGAUCAUCGGAGACUCGACAAGAACGACAUUGAAAAUCGAAGUGAAAGGAGCAGAAAAAUGUGAAGCAACACUCUUGGAACCGCGCGCUCAAAAUCCGAGUCCGAUUAAAGGAGGCUCCGAUUUACUACUAGAAUUUGAAAAAGAAUGGGACGGACAAGUUCUGGCAAAAAUUCAGUGCGAUCAGAGGCCGCCGGAGAUUGUUCGAGCACCGCCUGUUGAAGUCAGACAAACACGAUCGAAUCCUGACAAACUAGUGAUAAUCUAUCAGAACGGAAUCGAAACAUUUCACGAGAUUGUUUUGAAAAUUCCAAUUGAAGCCCUUAAUCCUAUCAAAAUCGAAAUAUCAAGUGACUCUUUGGAAUUGUUGUCGUCAGAUCCAAAUAUUGAAGAUUUCGUCGAGAAAAAACCGGAAACUCUUAAAUUGUUUUUCGCCACAACUGGUCUGUCACACAUUAAUGGUUCCAUUGCAGUAAAAUCGGAUGAUCAGGUUCUAAUUACUAUACCGUACUAUUUCAUUCAGUUUUCCGAGAAUACUUAUUAUACGUUCAAGAUUUGUCUUCGAGACGAAUGGGAUGGACAAGAAGAAGUUGAUUUUAAUGAAGUUGCGACCAUUGCUCUACGAAAUAUCCAGAGAAACAUCGACAUCACUCGAAGCAAUAUUCGUCUGAACAUUCAAUGGGCAGACUUCACAAUUCCUCCUGGAAUUUAUGAGCUCCAAGUCAAAAGUGAUCGCCAUGAGAAUUUUGUGCAAGUGCUCGAACUCGAUCCAAUGAACACGACAUUCUGUAUUACGUUGAAAUCGAUGCAGGAUGGAGCUGUUCCUUCGCUUCAGUGUCAUCGAGAUGAAAGCGAAUGCAAACCGAAAAUGUCGGCGUUAUCCUCGACCGAACAACCACUUCCUUAUCUCCAAUUUGAACCCUCGAUUAUAACGAAGAAAGGACAAAAAACGCUAGUGACCGCUCGCGGAAAUCUUGCAGGAUCCAUUGGAUUAUGGAACACUGAGGAUGAUCAGUUCCAAGUGCUUCAUUCGCGAAGAACCGUCAAUGUCAACGAAUCGUUCUGGACGACAGUCAUCUGGAAUGAAGAGUUGAAUGAAAACUGCGCAACUCAAAUUGUGAAUGUUCCGUUCGUUUUCCUGCCAGAGAAUUCGAAUCUUCCCAUACAUGUUUCGUCGCAAUUGUUAGCGAAAGCCUCGAUGAUGGCUGAAAACAGCAUUUGCGAUCAGGAAGGACUGAUUGAGCCGGCCAUGAUAACCGAAGUGAUGUGCAAUUGUGGGGACGGCGCGAGGACGAGGUGCAGGUCCGAAUAUAAGCCGGCAACUGCUUGUGGAGCUUCUUGGGCAAAAAUUGCCGAUGACACGAUUUCUUUGGAAGUCCUUGCCUCGUUUUUGUCGAUGCUGUUUGAAUGCAAAGAAGUUUCAGUGGAUUUCAACGAGAUUCGGCAAUCUUUAGAAUGUGUGGCUUCCAUAGAAAGUGAAUGUCCGAUCGCAAAUCUACCCAGAAUCAAACGACAAAUCAAUGAUGCGCCGGUAAAAAUUGUGAAUCACCUUUCUUCUGUGAAUCUGGAUCUUGGGAAAGUGCUUCCAGUUCUGAAUGUUCUUGAUGUUCAAACAAUUCGAAUAUCCACAGUUUUCAUAGAGUUCAUAGACAAAUUACUGAGCGUUUUCCCAUCGUCAUUAUACCAAGAUAUGACUUCGGAAGAUAUUGAGAAUUUCAUCAAAUCGAUUGCCGAUAAUUCUCCACAAGGAAACCAUAUAAGUGGAGAAGAAAUGGCUGCUCUCGGAGCCAACGGCGAGAGGCUCGCGCAAUUGUGGAAUGAUACUGUAAAGUAUUGGAAAUCUGGAAAUAUGUUGGCGAAGCGUCAAGGAAUUCAAUACGAAGCUGUGAGGGAUCUCGUGCAGGCAACUGACCGCGUCAAGUCUCUGACUAGACAAAAUGUUGCGCAAGACCCGUUUGCAAUGUUGCACGGCUAUAUGGAAAGAACACUCGAAACUGGCGAAAGCCAACAGAAUAAAUGUGCAACAACUAAUGUAUAUAUUGAACAAACCGAAGUUGAAGAAGAUAAUCAAGUUCGAAUAAGAGUUUUUAUCGAAAAUCAAUCGAAUAUGUCACUGUUCAACAUUGGUGUGUCUCUGUCGUUCGUCAAAAAAGAUUCAUCAACACCAAAUGUUGAUUUCAAUGUCGGACCAUCAUGGUCGGCUGGAAUUGGCAGUUUGACGGGUCUCGGGACAAUCGAUAGCAAGGGCUCUUUUGAAAUUCAUUGGACUCGUUUGGUCACGUCGUCUAGAAGAUUGUCUAGCGUUGCAAUUUAUCAGCCGAUCAUCGUUUUCGCGUUUUCUUCGAACGGCAAACAAACGCAGCAGCGAUUGAAUGCGCCCGAACUCCGAAUAAUUCCGAAGAAAACUGUCAAGGCAAUUAACAUUAUCAAAGACGGAAAAUCACCAAAAGAUGGCGUCGAUUUCUCAAUUAUUUCAUCAAUUAUAAAUCCAGGAUAUUCGACGCUUGAAAAUGUGAGAAUCAAAUUUGACAACAUUGUUUCAAAACAAAGAGCUGAACUACACAGUGUGUUUAUCAAUGGAAAAGAGCAAGAAUUUCCCACCAUAUCUCCAAAUUUCACAUCAAUUCCGAGUGGAUCAACCCAAUUAGUUCGGUUUAUUCUAGCUGAUGGAGAUCAGACUGCGACUGUCGAAUCAAUUAAUAUCACAUGCAUUGAAAACGGACGAUUGCUGCCUUUAGAAAGUGCAGAAACUUAUGCGAUAAGAGCAGCUGGUCCUUCUGAUUACGGCAUGCUUCUCGCAAUUCCCGAUCAAGAUGUUCCCUUGUUUUAUUUCAAACCCGCUGCAGCGCAAAUGACGAAUGUUAUAAAACUAGAAUUUUUAUCGACUCAAAUUUCGAACUCUUCUGAUCCACAGAAAUUGAUCGUACACGCGGCAUUCCGGAAUAUGGAAUCAAAAAGUUUCAAUGGAGCUCUUUGGGCGGAAAUGCCGGUGCCGGAAGUUUCCGGAAAACGAAAGCUUACAUCAAUUGUCGAUCGAAGCGGACCGAGACCACGAGAAUUGCAAGCAGUUCAAUGGGAAACUGAAGAAAAUGGAACGCCGAUGCUCAAUUGGAUCGACUCGAGUGGAUCGACGAAUCAACAAGUGAUCACAUAUGCAUUGCAGUUUACAAUUCCGACAAACGAGAGAGAAGGACCAAGUUUUGAGCAAACCAAUUAUAGAAUUGAAAUUCCACCGCAUCUCCAAAUAAGACCCUCAACUGUUAUUGGACAACUUGCUGCCGAAGGAGAUGAUCUAUCCUAUGCUCUGUACACUCCUGAUAAUGAAAGAAGAUUCAGUGUUGAGCCGCAAUCGGGAAAGAUUUUCUACGAAGCGGAAACCCCGCUGGAAUCGGAAGAAUUUUGUGCGGUUCUAGAAGCAAAGGAUGCAUAUGGAAGAGUCGCUCGUGUGCCAUUGGCGAUCAACAACGGCGGAUUGAGGGUUGAUUGUGUUCUUUUCAGCACUGAAGAGUUAACACCGCAUCUGCAUUCUUUAGCAACUAUUCCUACUCCGAUAAUAUUUACAAUUGCGACAACUGCACCAAUUGAAACGACAACGUCUAGCGAUGAAUAUACAACGUCGAAUGAAAGGUCGACAUCUCCGAUACCAUGGAUUUCGCGCAUCACGCAGCCAACAACACUCACAUUCCCGGAUUCAACUCCAGCGAUAAUUACUAGUACGGCAUCCGAAGGAACAACCACUGAAGCGUACGAGCAAACUACUGAGGGAUUCACGAUCAGCGAAUCAACAACUGAUUGGACCAUGACAAGUCAAAUAUCAACAACGACGACGGUUGGAGACGAAUAUACAACUUCUGAAGGUGUGAUGACGUAUGAAACAACUGCGCUGAAUUCUAACUCGCCCACUACUAAUGCCGACUAUAUGACCAGCACAACUGAUUCGGAAGACUAUGACUUUAGUACAACUGAAGAGCCUUUGACAUCUACCGAUGUGACACUCAAGUUUUUAACUACCACCGAGAAGGUUGUCGUUUUACCAACCGACUCCAACAUUCCUGAAACAUCAUCGAUUAUUUCAACGACUGAAGAUUCGUCAUCAACUACGACGACAACCCCAUACUUCAUAACAUCAGAUUCUUCUCCCGUUGAACAUUCGACAUCUGAAAUUCCGGUUACAACUGAAGCGGUUUAUACAAUGACGUCAGAUCCAAUUCUUCAUGAAUAUUCAACGAACACCCCAAUGAUUGAAUCAACAACAGGCUCAGUCUCAGAGACGGUAACUACCGAGCCACAUUCUACAAUAUCAAGUGAUUCUACUCAUUCUCAAUCGAAGACGACCACACACAUGCCGGACGAAACAACUUCCGAGAUCGAAACAACCACUUCCGACGUUUUGCAAACAAUCGGAACCGAUGGAAGCCUUGUCUCGGUAUAUCCCACCGCCGCGACCACAAAUCAUCCGAUUCUCUCGACAUUGUCUCCAGAGGAUGUCCAGAAGCAAGCAUGCGCAUUGAGCUCAUCCAUGUCCAUAUACAAAAUUAUUUGUGAUAUUUCGACCAUCGCGAAACCCACAAAAUAA